GGAGGACGGAGUUUCGUUUAGUAAUGAAAAUUCAGCGAUUUACUUAACUAAAUCGCUGUAGGAUGCCAUCUGGUGUUGCUGUGGAACCAGGGGUGCCUGAUUUGUAUUUAAGUGGAGCAAAAGCGCAGAUUCUGAUCACUAAUCAACGGCCUGACAGUGCCCAACUCCACACGGAGUUCACCAGUUACACUGUGGCUGAACCCCAUCAGCAGCAAUCUGUUCACAAAGCUAAUGGUGCGUAUCGAUUACAUUUUGGCCGAGAUGUUUCCUGUCCGAAAACCUUCAGAACAGAAAACACUCAAGUGAAAGAUAGGGGUUGUGAUAAUGGGUCUCUGCCAAACGUAAACUCGUCACAGAAAGCACUCUCCGUCAGCGGUCACUGCAGCGUGUCAUCCAGGCCUGCUGACAAAACAGCUCCUCAUGUCAACGAUGGUCAAUAUUUGAGCCAAGUAACCAGUUUUCCGCCAGCGAGAAAUUCGGCAUAUUUAGUGACGAAUGACAUCGACACAAACUCGAACCACAGCGGGAAAACUGGCAAGGUUUCAUGUGGACCAGCAGAUACUGAGGGUGUAGAGAAGGAAGAUGGCAGGUGUCCGACUGACCAGGCUGAAGGGCAGUGGUCAGGACAUCCGACACAAACAUCAGCAGCGUCGUCUUGUUCAAGGAGUAACAAGGAAAACAGAUCACCAAAACCGCCAGAAACCAAAAAGAAAAAAGUGAAGCAGAAACAAAGAAAACUGAAAAAAUCAUUAUCAAGAAGAAACAGUGUAAUAAAAAAAGCAGUUAUGAGACAAAAUUUAGCAAAGCCAUCACCAGGUCUACCCUCCACUGCCCCUGCAACUUCAUCCACUCAAAACAGAACAUUGAGAUUAUCAUGUGCUCCAGUCAUGAUCUACACCAAGAAACCCAUGACUGCUCAUUCGGUGCCAGAGAUUGCCACGAGCAGCCUCAAACAGCGACAAGAUGCAAGCAGAGGCGUAUACAAUCGCCAAGGCGGCCAGAGCUGUGUCAUGCCCUCAAGAUCUCGCACUCUGCCAUCUGUAGAAUCUUGUGUGUCCUCACGCUAUAUCAACUCCGAUCUGCCCCGGCAGUCCACUAGUAUGAACUCUACCUCUGCAAAUCAAUCCAGCAAUGUGCUGCACAGCUCCAAGCAGCUGGCCAGACUUAGCGACUCCCCCACCCAGACUCGCUCUUCCUCAGCAGCUGCUCAGUACUGGGGGAGACUAGUAAACGUCUACUUAUCUGAGAAACAUUCAGGAUCACUUAAAGAUAAAGAAAGUGGAACAGAAUACCCCUGUGCUCCUCCUGCAACUCCAACCCCAGAUCAACUUCAGAAGUAUAGAUACAUCCCCAGCAUGAAUGAUGUCAAGUCACAGAGAGCCGUCAAAAAUAAACUACAAGCGCUUGAAAAAGCUGAGCAAAAACGACAAGAAAAACAGCACGGGAAGAAAGCAAAAGCAGAGCAGCAGGUGCUGAAGGAGAACGAAAAAGUGCUGAAACAUCGACAGCGACAGGAGAUUUACGCACUGAACGCAGUGAUGACGGAACUAGAGUACAACCGCUUUGUGUUAUUCUGUCUCAGUAAUAACAUUCAGCCCAGCUGAUGACAGCCUUUCCCGAGAGUUGCUGAGGGAAUAACAGAGAAGGUUUCUUCACAUCACAUCACCGGCGCAUACAAAUCUCAGUCUUAGUAUAAACUUAGCGCUCACGUUUGAUCUUAUUGAUAUUGCCCUCACUGAUAUUACCCUGCCCUUGUAGGGUAAGGUGUCAUUUUAAGAUAUACAGAGCAUCAUCCCCAAGCUGAUUUGUGAGAUAUUUUAUAGUUUCUCAUAAAACUGGAAGAAUCAGCAUGGAAAAACCAUAUAACCAAAGAAUAUUGUGUCGAACACAAUAAAGAGAAAGACAAGUUACCAAAACUAAUUAUGUUAGAGAAUGAGAAUGAAUCAGUGCAUGCCAUGUAGUCUAAUAAUUUAUUUUGCUUGUUACAUUAAGGUAUGUAACGCUAACUUGAGCUUAUAUGUAAACGCUCUAUAGCGCCUAUAUCAUUAAAGGACAUAGUUAAUGCAGUAUGUGAUGGUUUUGUCGGUUGCGUGACGUUACUGUAUCUCAUCACAUUCACAGAUUAAUGGUGUUAUUCUCCUC